AACGUUAGAGAACACGGGAAGUAGUUGUUAAAGUUGUGCAGAGUCGUUAUUCAGUAUUCCUGCUUAUGUUUCACCAUCUGGUCCAGAGAUACUUCCUUCAUUAUACCCGGGAAGUAUUUGAAAGUUAUUUUAGUGAUGGAAAAGUGUUUUUGUUUGUUUGGGACAGAAGAAGAGAAGCACCACGUUUGAACCUGUUGUGUUUUUCGCGACUGCGAUUCUUUUUCUCUUCUUUCUCACAGAUUACUCUCCCUCAUUAGUUUGAUAUCGGAGCUAUUUAUUACUCCACCGCAACCAUCUGCUACUCGGUGUUAACAACUGGCCAUUACGGCGGCGAUAAUAAUCAAACAAAAGUCACAGUCAAUAAGCAAUGAUUGCAACAAAGUGCCGUAUUAACAGAUGGGACCCACCUCUACACGGGGAACAGCUUCUGCAGCCACAUUGUUCAAUCAUCCUUUACACUGAACCCAGCUGGGUCGAUUAGUGCCUAAAUGUAUGCAUCAAAUAUUUUCUUGGAAGUUAAAGAAUAUCAAAGCGUCUCUCUCAGGUAACUGAUGUGCCGUACGUGGGCGUUGGAUGGACGGUUGUUCCGUGAGCGGCGGCAGCGGCGAGGGAUCCUCAACGUGGCGAUCGCCCUCCACCUCCUCCGUCUGACAGCCUCACUGUACUGUACUGUACUGUACGAACACUGUGCCCCGUCAAACUGGAUCUAUCAGCUCAUAAAGAACAUGGAUACAUUUCUCCAGCGUGUUUUAUUUCUCCACUGGACCAGGAGCAGAGCCAAGUAAUGGGUCCACUGAUGGGAGUCUCCUCCGGGACGACAAUGACCCCACCCGAAGGGUCACAUGAGGGGUCACAUGUCUUUGCAGUCACCAGGACCCUGCGGCACCUGCUGCUCCAGCGGCGCCCUGACGUCAGCGCGGUAAGCGCACAGACCUGCCGCGCGGCGCGGCGCGGCGCGGCAGCGUUGUCCAGCGCGCAACGCAGGCGCCCGCGGUGGCACCAGCUCCAGAUCCAGCUCCAACACCAACACUUCUCCGAGACCUUCCAGCCGGGCGCACCGGGAGGAGACAGCAGCACACACUCCACGCACACGCCACAUCCUCCCGGAGGUCCGAGCCCACCUCUCUGGCGCUCCAUCCUCGCCAUGUCCUCCGCCGUCACCGAGACGGAGGAGUCGGCGCGCGGCUCCCCGAUGACGCCGCUCAAGCUGGUCGGGCUGGUGUGCGUCUUCCUGGCGCUCUGCCUGGACGUGGGCGCCGUGAUGAGCCCGGCGUGGGUGACCGCCGACGACCAGUACUACCUGUCGCUGUGGGAGUCCUGCUGGAAGCCGGCGAGCACCGACAACUGGCAGUGCAGCAGCACGCUGGGCUCAGAUUGGCAGGUUGCUACACUGGCGCUGUUGCUAGGGGGCGGAGCCCUGGUGCUGAUGUCAUUCCUCAUCGCCCUGGUCGCCGUGUGCAUCGGCACAAGGCGGCGAUUUUACGCACCCGUCGCUUUCAUGCUCUUUGCUGCAGUCGUCCUGCAGGCCUGCAGCUUGGUCCUCUACCCCAUCAAGUUCAUCGAGAGCAUCAACCUGAGGAUCUACCACGAGUUCAACUGGGGCUACGGCCUGGCCUGGGGCGGGACCAUCUUCUCCUUCGGCGGCGGGAUCCUGUACUGCCUCAAUCCCAAGAACUACGAGGAGUACUAUUAGGUCACGUUCAGGCUGGAGGCUCUGCAGAACCAGAGAGGCCACCAGCUGGUGUCCUGAGCCACGACCCGAUGAGAGAUUCUUUUUUCUUCCCCUAGACAUAAAAAAGCACCAGACAGGAAACACAGGAAACAUCCAAAUCUCUGCAGGAGAGAAGAUCUCAUCAAGAUACUUUAACACUUUGUGUUCCUGUGGCUGAAGCAGAAGACUUUUUAUUUCUCCUCUUUGUUUCUGUAAUAUCAUAUCUGGACAAAGUGCUUUGCUCCUGUCACAUUAAAAGUGAAUUUACUGUUUA